AUGGCUUUGGAGCUCCCCGAUGAGAUCUGGGUCAGCGUCUUUGAUUACCUCGAGCCAAAGAGUGUCGCCAAUCUUUCCUUAACCUCGUUUAGGUGGCACAAACUCUCCCGGGCACACUUAUACCGAGAGCUCCACUGGCACUGGGGCAGUAUUCCCCGCUAUAGAAUUGCGCAACAUAUGAUAACCUUAUUCCGCUACCCACAUCUCCUGAAGUACGUUCAGGAAGUGGAGAUUUACUCGAAGGAGAGCAGGCUUGGGGCCAACCAUUCUCACGUUAUAAGCUGGCCCAAGGAGCAACUGGACUAUAAGCUUCUGAAGAGAGCUCUUUUGGAUACCGUGAAGGGUACAGGCGUUCCAGACCAACGGGCAUGGCAGGAAGCAAUCGAAAAUAAAGAUCCAUACGCUUAUGUGGCUCUUCUUCUGCCCAAUCCCCCAAAUCUCAGGUCUCUCAAGCUCGACUACUCCUUUGUGGCCAUGGGUGGGUGGCCGGGCCUGAUGCUUACCCACCUCACCUCUAGUCAAAUUGUCGACUCGCGCUUUGAGGGCGCAUUCAACCGUCUCGAAGUACUCGACUAUGGAUCGAACGUGCCGGAUUUGAUUUACGACCACUUUAAGAGGGACCUUAACUUAUUGCCAGAUCCGCGUCCAGAGGAGUUCCUCGGACUCUUCCGGCUAAAGGGCCUCAAGCACCUUGGCGUCUGGCUACGAUGGUCAAAUGUUAUGUUUGAAGCCUCCCCAGGGACACACUGGAACUUGGCGCAACUCCAAACUCUGGUCCUAGUCCGGUCCAGAAUGGGCGAAGCCGCUGUUCCAAAGAUUCUACAGCUGACGAAAAGCCUCCGCAGCCUCCACUUAGGUCUCGUGUAUCGAAAUGACGAUCUAGUCUUCGAUAAUCCGGUUCAAUAUGUGCGGGAUGGCUUGAUGAUGCUGAUAGGUCAACUCGAACAUCUAUCAAUCGACUUCCACUACCCUUCAAGAUUUGAUGGGGACUAUGGGACUGCCGACGAAUGGCAAAAACGGUUCGACCACUUGCAUGCAUUCUUGAAAUCUUUCACUAAACUGAAAACGCUCGAGUUACCGAUAGAGAUGCUUUUGGGCUUCAAAGAUCUGAGUCAGCAGAACAUGUCCGGGCUCUUGCCGAAAAGUCUAGAGAAGCUCGCACUGCGGGAUGACCUCAUGGCCCUUGUCCCUGAGUCCUUUGAUAGCACCGAGUUCGGAGAAUGGAAGGAGAAUAGCAUGUUCGAAUGUGUGCAGAGGUUUCUUAAACUGCCCGAUCAGGCAUUACAGGUUCCUCAUUUGAAGCAGAUCGUCAUCCGGUUAGGUAAAGGAUAUGGCCCUUUGCUCUUCCAGCAUUUCGAGAUAGAGCUGCUCUCAUGCACUGAAUUGACCAAAGAUUACGGUAUACUGGUGCAAGGCCGGGCUGGCCACAUGACACCAGGAUACUGGACAAAUCACGCUUUGAGGGAUAUCGAUGAAGAAGCCGGUGAUUAUGAUAAGAAUGGCUGGGAUGAGUUCUAUUGUGUGGGAUCGUCUACUCACACUCCUCGUUGGUUUGACCUCUUCGGAUGUUCUUGA